ACAAAAUAUAUGUAUGCAGAAUUCCAGUUUUAACCGGAAUCAUCAUCACAAACAGUGAUUAAUCGUGGACGAUGGUGUCUUAUACAGUAACAGUCGUGACGAAAAACAGCGUAUACAACGCGUAUGAAUCCAGAGUUUGUAUACAGUUGAUUGGCGACCCAAAUAUAAGCGACAUCGUCACUUUGAAGCCUGCUGAUGACAUUCCCGUCGAUCCCGAUAACUAUAUUUUAUUCCAAGCUGGCCGAACCGACGUUUUCAACAUUGAAACCAAGUCUAUUGACGAUGUAAAACAAAUUAAAAUAGGAUUCAACGAUAAUGGAUUCGUAGAAGGUUGGUCACCUCGCUAUGUAGAGAUUGAAAACUUGUCGACUUCAAAGAAGUCAUACUUUCCUCACGAUGGAAAUUUCAACAAAUGGAAAAACGGAAUACUCACAUUGAACGCCACUGACAAAGUCCACCCAGGCAAUGUGCUUUCAGAUAGUAUCCAGGAUGACAUCAACUUUAUCAUGGGCCCAAUUCUUGGCUGCCGGGCGUUGUCCGUACAAAAUGAAUACCAAUUGUGUGCUUUACUUGUGACGCCACAGGAUCAGAAUCCUCUGCCAUAUUUGACCUUUACAUAUGUCACUGUUGACCAUCCAGAUCAAACUACUAAUGGAGAAAGUGAUGACGUAAUGGCUAUCGCAGGGUCCAAAGACAGAAUAGUUUGGCGAUAUGAUUGGAGUGUUCCCUGGCAUGAGACAAAGGAAGGAAUAUGUACAUACACCAUACCAGAUGGACGCAGUUUUACAUGCUACAUUCCAUGUCAGAGGUCCACUCCACGAUUUGUGUUUGCAUCUUGUGCAGGGUUAUUUCCUUUAUAUGAGAUCCCAGACACUCCGAAGAGAAAUAUUAUGUGGCAACAUAUGCGCAACGAGCACCGUAGACACCCCGUUCAUUUACUUAUCAUGGGUGGCGAUCAGAUCUACGCCGAUAAUGUAUUCAAUGCUUGCCCAAGUCUGGUAAAAUGGUCAAAUUUGUCGAGAGAAGAGAGGGAGAUUGCCCCACUUACCGAUGAAAUGAAAGAUGAAAUUGAUGAGUAUUUUUUCAACCUAUAUUGUACAAGAUGGCGAGAACCUGAACCAGCCUGGAUGUAUGCCCGGGUACCUUCUAUUAUGAUGUGGGAUGACCAUGAAAUCAUUGAUGGCUAUGGUAGUCGUAAAAUGUGUCCUGUGUUUGAUGGUAUCUAUGAUAUUGGUAGGAGUCAUAUGUUGUUGUUCCAGCUUCGUUGCCUCAGAGAUGUGGACAUGAUGAAGGGUGAAAUGGCCCUGAAAGGAAAGCAUUGUUUGGGUUGGUUAACACCAUGGCCCGGAAAUGACGCACUAGACUUACCAUUGUCUUAUUAUGUACGCUAUGGAGACAUAGCUUUUUUGAUGUUAGACUUGAGAUCGGAACGAACUCCCAGGCAGGUAUUGAGCGAAGACUCGUGGCAGCGGGUAAUUCUAUUACUGGAUUCGAUAGAGGGUGUUCAGCAUAUUUUCAUAACAGUUACCACCCCACUAAUCUUCCCUUCUGCAAAGAUCCCAUACAGAGUACUCAGAAUUAUUCCUGGAAUACAGGAACUUGAAGACGAUUAUCUAGACCAAUGGGAUACUACUAAAGAUCGAAGAAAAGAACGAGACAGGUUUUUCAGUAUAAUGGUUAAAUUCUCUGAGAAAAAGAAAACCAAGGUGUCAGUGUUGUCUGGUGAUGUUCAUAUGGCGUGUUGGGGUAAACUACACACAGAGUCAGGGACGGUAAUCAACAUACCAACGUCGUCAGCUAUUGUCAAUAAACCACCGCCUGAUAUUACAUUGCCUUUUUAUUAUCUUGGGUCUUACAAUGAAAGCGUGAACAUUCCUGGAGUAGGUAAAGGAUUCAUGAGUAUGCCGCCAGUUGGAAAAGAGAAUGACUCAUCUACGUUUCUCGCUACCCAAAACUUCAUGAUAUUCACACCUGCAACGACUGCCGAGGGAAAGCUGAUAUACAUCACUAAACUCAUCGGAAAACCAAAUAAUCUAUAUAAUUCAAAUAGUCUUGCACCUCCACUAGUAUUCACUAAUCAUAUAGGUCCGUUUG